AUGUACUACGAGACCAUACUGACUGUCCCCCAAGCGGACGCUCUCUUCACUCCUCCAUCUUCCUACUCCCCUCAGAAGACCUUCCCAAGGCUGGACCUUGGAUUGGACUCACCCUCUGACGACGUAUUAGACGCUGAUAUUUUCGGUAUGACUGGGACAGGAUCGCCCCAGCCAUUUAUCAAAGAAGAGGUCGACGACAUGGCCUUCAACUCCAACCGCUACCUAGGCCACAACGGAUUCGAUAUGAAUCAACAGUACAAUAACCCCCAAUACAGCUCCAAUCAUGACAACGUGAACGGUAUCAACCCAUCCGACCUCACCAUGAGUGGAAGCAUGAUGAACAACCAAUUCGGAUCGACCAGCUACGUCCAAGGUGCUGCAGGUAUCGCAGACGACGAGCUAGCUGAUUCGUUGGGCAAUUUCGAUCAGCACCAAGGCUUCAACGGCUUCAGUCAUGAGAACGUAAAUCAUCAAGACGUCUACCAUGGCCACACCGCCAGCUCAAACAUCAACCAGAUGUAUUCGAACACACCGGAUGACCUACCCAUUCAUAGUCCCUUUGUCCACCCGUCAAACUUCGACUUCAACCAAUACCAGUCGGCACCGCAGAGAACAGGGUUUCCUGCUAGCGUACCGACUGGCUCCAUGCGGCAGCGCAUCACUAUGAGCAGAACUGGCUCCGAUAACCGUGCCCCCAUGUCGCCCAAGACGCCAGCCAUAGCCGGGCUCCAUCUUGGCACUCCCGACUCAGGAAACUUCACAACUCAGCCCAUCAUGACAAACAUGCACCGGCACCAGAAGAGCGUUUCGGGCCAAUGGGAAGGCACCCCUGGCAGCCAGCACUCCUGGAUCGACUCACCAACAGCAUCGCCUCACACCACCACGAUGCAUCACCAGCAGAUUUCUGAAGUCUUGCACUCUGGCAAACACAAUUCAUUGCCAGCCAAGGUCGAUAUUGGACAAACCCAGGACGCCAAGAAGCGACGUCGUCGCGAGUCGCACAAUUUGGUCGAGCGUCGCCGAAGGGAUAACAUUAAUGAACGCAUCCAUGAUCUGUCUCGGCUCGUGCCUCAACAUCGUCUCGAAGAUGAAAAGAUCCGCAAACACAUCAACAACAACGGCCCCAUGUCGCCUACCAUGACGGCUGGUGGCAUGUCACCACCUCAAGCAACGUCACUUCUGGCUGGUGGUAGCGGGCGACGAGCUGCUGGUAACAUUACACAAGGACUGCCGAUCGAAGAGAAGGACAAAGGACCCAACAAAGGGGACAUUCUCAACGGCGCCGUCAGCUGGACCCGUGAUCUUAUGUGGUUGUUGUACAAGAAGAUCCAAGAGUGCGAUGAUUUGGCUGCACGCCUGCAACAUGCCACCGGUGAAGAAUGGUCCACCGAGCAGUCCGAAGACGAGAAGCGUAUGAAGACUGAGAUCAUCGACGCCCUCGAGAAGAACGGCACCAGUACUUUCCGCUACUCACGAGGACCGGGCUCAGGCCUGCGGGUACCCAAGCACACCAACCUCUCUGGCGAGCCCCUCAACGGGCUCUCGCCACAAAGCCUUAGUCCGGGCAUGCAAAGCACUGGCAGCGGCUCUGGAUCCAACCAACAACAGUACUGGUCCAACCAGAGUCUGAAAGAAGAGGACGAGUAUGGUAUGGACAUGGGUUGA